UGAGAGAUUUGGAAUCGCAGCGCCACCGCCGAGUCUGAACCAACAUACCCUGCUAGAAUGGAGCUGAGAAUAAUUUGAGAUACAGUGUAACCAGCCCAAACUCGAACAUUGUUACAAUCUCAAGAAUUGCGCGCAGGGAAUAGAACACAGCAAUGCGAAUCUUGCGUUGAAGAGGAGAGACUGGGGCGAGAAAAAGGGAGAAAGAUGGGCGCCGUGCUACGGAGUCUGUUGUUGUGUAGUUUUUGUUUGCUAAUACGAGGAGUGCCCCUCCUGCUGUAUGCAAACCGGCGGGACCUGCGGCUGGUGGACGCGGCGCACGGGAAGGCCAACGCCACGGUGGUGGUCGGAGGACUGGAGGACGCUGCAGCCGUGGACUACGUUUACGCUCACGGGCUCAUCUACUGGAGCGACGUGAGCGAGGAAGCCAUCAAGCGCACCGUUUUUAACCAAUUAGGGGCCAGCGGGGUCCAAACCAUUGUUGUGUCAGGACUGGCUUCUCCGGACGGACUGGCUUGCGACUGGCUGGGCAGCAAACUUUACUGGACCGACUCGGAAACCAAUCUGAUCGAGGUCGCCGAACUCGAUGGAUCGUUGAGAAAAGUUCUGUUCUGGCAAGAGCUAGAUCAGCCAAGGGCUAUCGCCUUGGAUCCAGGAAGAGGGUACAUGUAUUGGACGGACUGGGGGGAGAUCCCCAAGAUUGAGCGCGCGGGGAUGGACGGCACAAACCGAGCGAUGAUCAUUGACGAGAAUAUCCACUGGCCCAACGGCCUCACGCUGGACUACAGCCAGCAGAAGCUGUACUGGGCCGACGCCAAAAACAACUUCAUCCACCGGUCCAGCCUGGACGGUACCAACAGGGAAGUUGUGGUGAAAGGUGACCUCCCCCACCCGUUUGCCUUGACCCUUUACGAGGACACCCUGUUUUGGACGGACUGGAACACACACUCCAUCCACUCCUGCCAGAAGGACACAGGCGAGGAUCGCCGCAAGGUCCACUCGGACAUCUUCUCCCCCAUGGACAUCCACGUCUUCAGCCAGAAGAGACAGCCCACCUCCGUCAACGUCCCCUGCUCGCUGAAGAACGCCGGCUGUUCCCACCUGUGCCUGCUGUCCCCCGUCAAGCCGUACCACCAGUGCGCCUGCCCCACCGGCGUCCAGCUCCUGGAGGACAACAAGACCUGCCUCGACGGUCCUACCCAGAUCCUUCUCCUGGCCCGUCGCACAGACCUUCGCCGAAUCUCCCUGGACACGCCAGACUUCACCGACAUCAUCCUGCAGUCGGACGACAUCCGCCACGCCAUCGCCAUCGACUACGACCCAGUGGACGGCCACGUGUACUGGACGGACGACGACGUGCACGCCAUCCGGCGCUCCAACCUGGACGGCAGCGAGCCCCAGUUCGUGGUCACCUCCCAGGUCAACCACCCGGACGGGAUCGCCGUGGACUGGAUAGCCCGCAACCUGUACUGGACCGACACGGGCUCGGACCGCAUAGAGGUGACGAGGCUCAACGGGACCAUGCGCAAGAUCCUGAUUUCGGAAGACCUGGACGAGCCCAGGGCCAUCGUCCUGGACCCGACGGCAGGGUACAUGUACUGGACGGACUGGGGCGAGGUGCCCAAGAUCGAGCGUGCCGACCUGGACGGGACGGAGCGCGUGGUCAUGGUGAACACGUCCCUGGGCUGGCCCAACGGCCUGGCGCUGGACUACGACGAGAGGAAGAUCUACUGGGGCGACGCCAAGACCGACAAGAUCGAGGUGAUGAGCAUGGACGGGACGGGCCGCAGGGUCCUGGUGGACGACAAGCUGCCCCACAUCUUCGGCUUCACCCUCCUGGGAGACUUCAUCUACUGGACCGACUGGCAGCGGAGGAGCAUCGAGCGCGUGCACAAGCGCACGGCCGAGCGCGAGAUCAUCAUCGACCAGCUGCCCGACCUCAUGGGCCUCAAGGCCACCUACGUUCACCAGACCUUCGGUACCAACCCCUGUGCCGACAACAACGGCGGCUGCAGCCACCUGUGCCUGUACAAGCCGACGGGGGUCCAGUGCGCCUGCCCCAUCGGCCUGGAGCUCAUCGCCGACAUGACCACCUGCAUCGUGCCCGAGGCCUUCCUGCUGUUCUCCCGCCACACGGACAUCCGUCGCAUCUCCCUGGAGACCAACAACAACAACGUGGCCAUCCCGCUCACGGGCGUGAAGGAGGCGUCGGCGCUCGACUUCGACGUCACCGACAACCGCAUCUACUGGACGGACAUCACGCUCAAGACCAUCAGCCGGGCGUUCAUGAACGGCAGUGCCCUGGAGCACGUUGUGGAGUUCGGCCUGGACUACCCCGAGGGCAUGGCCGUGGACUGGCUGGGCAAGAACCUGUACUGGGCCGACACCGGCACCAACCGCAUCGAGGUGGCCAAGCUGGAUGGCCAGCACCGGCAGGUCCUGGUGUGGAAGGACCUGGACAGCCCCAGAGCCCUGGCUCUCGACCCUGCUGAGGGAUUCAUGUACUGGACCGAGUGGGGGGGCAAGCCCAAGAUCGACCGGGCCGCCAUGGACGGGACGGGCCGCAUCACCUUGGUGCCGGACGUGGGCCGCGCCAACGGGCUCACCAUCGACUACGCCGAGCGGCGCCUUUACUGGACAGAUCUGGACACCACGCUCAUCGAGUCCUCCAACAUGCUAGGCCUGGAGCGCGAGGUGAUAGCCGAGGACCUGCCCCACCCCUUUGGGCUGACCCAGUACCAGGACUACAUCUACUGGACGGACUGGAGCGAGCGCAGCAUCGAGCGGGCCAACAAGACCAGCGGGCAGAACCGCACCAUCAUCCAGGGCCACCUGGACUACGUCAUGGACAUCCUGGUGUUCCACUCGUCCCGGCAGGGGGGCUGGAACGCCUGCGCCUCCACCAACGGCCACUGCUCCCACCUGUGCCUGGCCGUGCCAAUCAGCAGCUUCGUGUGCGGCUGCCCCGCCCACUUCUCCCUCAACGACGACAACAAGACGUGCAGCGCCCCGACCUCCUUCCUGCUGUUCAGCCAGAAGACGGCCAUCAACCGGAUGGUGAUGGACGAACAGCAGAGCCCCGACAUCAUCCUGCCCAUCCACAGCCUGAGGAACGUGCGCGCCAUCGACUACGACCCGCUGGACAAGCAGCUGUACUGGAUCGACUCCAAGCAGAACGCCAUCCGCCGGGCGCAGGAGGACGGCAACCAGAGCAUGACGGUGGUGUCCAGCCCUGUGGGCGGGCCGGGCCACAGCCUGGGCCUGCAGCCCUUCGACCUGAGCAUCGACAUCUACAGCCGCUUCAUCUACUGGACCAGUGAGAUCACCAACGUCAUCAACGUGACGCGCACCGACGGCAGCCGCGUGGGCGUGGUGCUGCGCGGCGAGAACGACAAGCCCCGGGCCAUCGUGGUGAACCCGGAGCGAGGGUACAUGUACUUCACCAAUCUGCUGGAGCGCUCUCCCAAGAUCGAGCGCGCGGCGCUGGACGGGACGGAGCGCGAGGUGCUGUUCUUCACGGGCCUGGGCAAGCCCGUGGCGCUGGCCAUAGACAACGCCAUGGGCAAGCUGUUCUGGGUGGACUCGGACCUGCGGCGCAUCGAGAGCAGCGACCUAUCAGGAGCCAAUCGGAUCGUGAUCGAGGACUCCAACAUCCUGCAGCCGGUGGGGCUGACGGUGUUCGGCGACCACCUGUACUGGAUCGACAAGCAGCAGCAGAUGAUCGAGCGCAUCGACAAGACCACCCGGGAGGGCCGCACCAAGAUCCAGGCGCGCAUCGCCUCGCUCAGCGACAUCCACGCCGUCCACGAGCUGGACAUGAGGGAAUACAGUAAACACCCCUGUACGUGGGACAACGGUGGCUGCUCCCACAUCUGCAUCGUGAAGGGGGACGGGACCACGCGCUGCUCCUGUCCUGUCCACCUGGUGCUGCUGCAGGACGAGCUCUCCUGUGGAGAGCCGCCCACCUGUUCCCCGGAGCAGUUCUCGUGCACGUCGGGCGAGGUGGACUGCAUCCCCCAGGCGUGGCGCUGCGACGGCUACCCCGAGUGUGACGACAGCAGCGACGAGGGCGACUGCCCCGUGUGCCUCGACACCGAGUUCCAGUGCGACAGCAAACAGUGCGUGGACCUGACCCUGCGCUGCAACGGCGAGUUCAACUGCCAGGACCGCUCCGACGAGAACAAGUGCGAAGUUCGCUGUCCUCCCGACCAGUUCAGCUGCUCCAACGGCCAGUGCAUCGGGAAGCACAAGAAGUGCGACCACAACAUGGACUGCACGGACAACUCGGACGAGAUCGGCUGCUACCCCACCGAGGAGCCUCCGUCCCCGCCCACCAACACCAUCGGCUCCAUCGUGGGCGUGGUCAUGGCGCUGUUCGUGGUGGGCGCCAUGUAUUUCGUGUGCCAGCGCGUGCUGUGUCCGCAGAUGAAGGACGACGGCGAGACGGUCACCAACGACUUUGUGGUGCACGGGCCCUCGUCGGUGCCUCUGGGAUACGUGCCGCACCCCAGCUCGCUGUCCGGCUCCCUUCCAGGCAUGUCCCGAGGGAAGUCUGUGAUUGGCUCCCUCAGCAUCAUGGGCGGGAGCAGCGGCCCUCCGUACGACCGCGCCCACGUCACGGGCGCCUCGUCCAGCAGCUCCUCCAGUACCAAGGGCACUUACUUCCCCCCGAUCCUGAACCCGCCGCCAUCUCCCGCCACCGUCCGUUCUCAGUACACCAUGGAGUUCAGCUACUCCUCCAACAGCCCCUCCACGCACCGCUCCUACAGUUACAGAACUUAUACCUACCGCCACUUCGCACCUCCCACUACCCCCUGCAGCACGGACGUGUGCGACAGCGACUACACGCCGGGGCGCCGCGCCCCACCCACCUCCAACUCGGCGACCAUCGCCAAGGGCUACACCAGCGACCUCAACUACGACUCGGAGCCCUUCCCCCCGCCCCCGACCCCGCGCAGCCAGUACCUGUCCGCCGAGGAGAACUGCGAAAGCUGCCCGCCGUCGCCCUACACGGAACGCAGCUACUCCCACCACCUCUACCCCCCGCCCCCCUCACCCUGCACGGACUCCUCUUGAGCCUAGCACCCCUGCGUUGGACCCUCCCUCUCCCACAAGGCUCUCGGCCCUUCACACCCUGUCGCCCCCCCACACCCCACCUCACUGUAAAUACCAAUUGUGCAUAUAAUGAGUCCGAAAAAUGGGAAAGGGAGAC